UCUCUCUCUCUCUCUCUCUCUCUCUCUCUGGUGCCUGUUGCUCAGUUGCUCAAGUCGCUUCCCCUUAACCUCUCUUGCCCUCCUUAGCUUUCUUGCUCUGUAAUUUCCUUCGCUUCUUGCUCUCUUUUUGGUUCUCCUUCACUGUGUUUCGAAUCUUGUAUUUCUUUAGACGACUGAAAGUUUCUUCUUUUAACCUGUUUGUUUUACCGCUUCCUCAUAAAUUCUCAAUUUGCGAUUUAAAAUCGUCACUGAAUUGUCUUGAACACAUUUUUCUUGGCAUUUAGUUGCCGUUGUUAGUUUAUUCUGUGAUGAUUUGUUGCGUCCUGCGCGUUUUUCAUAUGGGUUUGUUACAGUGGGCAAUUCAUGUUUGAUCUGCUAUGGGUUCGAUUUCACAAAUUUUGGUCAGUAUAUACCAUGUAUGCUUCGGGUUCUCAGUGAAGGAAAGCUAGGUCGGUUCAAUUUUUGAGGUUUUGGGAAAUUCUGAGUCAAGGGAUUUUGGAAGUGGGCAUGGUGGGUAAGGACGAUGCUCGAAAAAUGUUCUGGCGGUCGGCCUCUUGGUCGGCGUCUCGCUCCGCCGCACAUAAUACGGACGGCGGGGUAGAUCCGGAUGGCAGUGUCGGUAACAUCAACGGGGAAGCUCGUAGGUAUCCUCCCGCUCCAUUAACCCCUCGAUCGCAGCAAAAUUGCAAGGCUCGGUCGUUUUUGCCGCCGUUACAGCCUCUUUCAAUUGCUCGGAGGAGCUUGGAUGAGUGGCCGAAAGCGAGUUCCGAUGAUAUCGGCGAGUGGCCUCAUCCCCCAACUCCUAGUGGGAGAGGUAAUGGAGAGAGGUUGAAGCUUGAUUUAUCUUCGAUUCAGCGAAACCCUGAUAAGAAUGCUGGGCUUGUGAAAAGAGAUAAGAUUGCAUACUUUGACAAAGAAUGCUCAAAAGUGGCUGAACAUAUUUAUCUUGGAGGAGACGCUGUUGCUAGGGAUAGGGAUAUAUUGAAGCAAAAUGGGAUUACUCAUAUUUUGAACUGUGUGGGCUUUGUUUGUCCCGAGUACUUCAAAUCUGAUUUUGUAUAUAGAACGUUGUGGUUGCAAGAUAGUCCAACGGAAGAUAUUACUAGCAUCCUGUAUGAUGUCUUCGACUACUUUGAAGAUGUUAGGGAACAAAAUGGAAGGGUGUUUGUGCAUUGUUGCCAGGGUGUAUCUCGGUCCACCUCUCUUGUGAUUGCAUACCUUAUGUGGAGGGAAGGGCAGAGUUUUGAAGAUGCUUUCCAGUAUGUGAAGGCAGCAAGAGGUAUUGCUGAUCCAAAUAUGGGUUUUGCCUGCCAAUUACUGCAAUGUCAAAAAAGGGUUCAUGCAUUCCCACUUAGCCCAAGCUCUUUGCUGAGAAUGUAUAGAAUAGCCCCACACUCACCUUAUGAUCCAUUGCAUCUUGUCCCCAAAAUGUUGACAAAUCCUUCUCCAUCUGCUCUGGAUUCUAGAGGUGCAUUUAUCGUACAUAUGCCUUCUGCUAUAUAUGUUUGGAUUGGUAACAAUUGUGAGGCCAUCAUGGAAAGGGAUGCUAGAGGGGCUGCCUGUCAGAUUGUUCGCUAUGAGAAAGUGCAAGGUUCAAUUUCAUUAAUCAAGGAAGGUGAAGAACCGGAUUACUUUUGGGAUAGCUUUUCUAAGUUUUUGCCCUUGAUGGAAAAAUCUGAUAAUAGAAUGGAAAAUGGCAAAUCAACCAGAAAUAUUUCUCCGGGUAAUAGGAGGGUGGACUCAUAUAAUGUUGAUUUUGAAGUUUUCCAGAAAGCUAUCAGGGGAGGUUUUGUGCCUCCAUUUGCUUCAGCAGAGGAUGAACUUGAAACCCACCUUCCUGCCCGGGAGAGUUGUUGGAGUGUGUUGAGGCGUAAGUUUGCCUCUGCCAGUAUGAAGGAAUUUGUCUCAGAACCUAAACUAUCAUAUUCAAGGGUUUAUUUAGAUUCAAUGUCAGGUACUCAUUCAUCCAUAAACUCAUCCCCAUCAUCAUCACUGUCAUCAACUACAUCUUCUUCUUCAUCCCCUUAUCUCUCACCAGAUUCCAUUUCGUCUGACUCGAGCAAUAGUUCAAAAUGUUCAGAAACAUCUCUUGGUUCUCCUUAUGCAGCUUUGAUAUCUACGCCAGCAUCCUCAUCUUUAUCUAACUUUUCUAACUUGUCCCUCCAUUCAUCUAGCUGUUCUUCUCAGCCAGUAACAAAAGGUGUAGAAAGUUGUAGUGUCAAAUUGGCAUCACAGCCCUGUCAUCAGUCAGCCUCCCUGCUAUUGAAAAAACCUUCAACUUCUCUUGCUGAGCGCAGAGGCGGUCUGUCAAAGUCUUUGAAGUUACCACUGAUGAAUGACAAAACCCUGGUGAUGAAUAGAUCAUCAACCUUUAAUGCUACUCGAGAAGAAGAUGGUGCUGUCAUGAAUGGCAACACUAGCCAUUUGCAUCAACCAGGUAGUAUUGAAAAUUCAACUGAUGUAAACGACCAUGUCAAGGGUAGAGGAUUGGAUUCAACUCAACAGUGCGAGGUGUUAUUAUGUUCGGGUGCUGCAGAUAGUGUUGACCACAACAAAGCUUCAUUUGUUGGAAACUGUGGUGACCCUUGGGUGAGAAGCUCUUCCAGAGAAGACAUAAAGUCUACUUCAUCAAAUGGAACGGAUAGAAGUGGUCUACUACAAUCUAAUAAUAAACAAAAUCUAGUUUAUCAAUGGCCCAGCUUAGAGAAGAGUGUGACAUUCAGUGCAAGUCAUUUGGAUUCUAAAGCAGCUUUUGUUAUUUUCUCUUCGAGUGCAAGUUCUGGUAAACAUGCAAGAAACAUUUUAUAUUUUUGGCUGGGAAGUUCUUUCAGCUGUGCUACAUCUCAAGUUCGGUUAGAUGGUAACAGAGAGAUAGAUUGUCGAGGAGGAGUUGACUGGAAUCAAGUUGGUUGUGAUGUCCUUGCUCAUUUUGGUUUGCCAAAUGACACUAUCGUCAAGAUUGUUAAAGAGAAUGAAGAACCGGAAGAGUUUCUUGCCUUGCUGGGUACAUUGGAGCACAGCCAACUUAGGAUAUCCCGGCUUUCAAGCAUCUUCUGAAAGCUUUCUUGCACUUGCACUUUCUCUGUGGACCUACUUUUCAGGCAUUAGUUUGUCUAACCUCGGGGGAAAAUACCAGUGAGGAUGCUGUGAAAGUCAUCGUAGCUCAGCUGAUUGUACAGUGCUAUAACACUCAAUCUAAAAUUGUCUCAGACUGAAAUUACUUGAACAGUGACCUGUUAUGAAAACGCCUUCAGUUUCUAUAAUGAAAAAAGGAAAAAAGAAAAAAAAAAUUAAAGUUCCUCCAGUUACUUCUCAGGUCAAGCAUCCCUUCUCUUGAUCACAUUGUAUGUGGAAAUUUAGGAAGUUCAUUAGGUUGCAGUUGAGUUUCUUAGUUCAGAAUUGAUGAACUUGCCAAAUAAGCUCUUCUCAGAUCAAAGACAAACUGGAUGGCAUCAGAACAUGAUUAAUUCACAAGCAAUAUAUUUGUUCAACAUAAAGCUGCUGAAACUAGUCUUAGCAAGAAAAUUUUCUGUAUGGCUUUUAGAAUAAAGAAUGCUAUUUGGCUACUUUGCAUCGUGAAUAUCAAGAUUGAUGAUGAAAGAUUAGUUAAAGUAAUUAGAAGCUUAGGAACAAGGGAUUUAGAGCAUGGUUGAUUUCACGCUUGUUUUGGCCUUGUUUUGGUGGUCUUAGAUGUGAGAACAGACACAUUAAUCAUGAUAAGGGUCACUUGUUGGUAAAUGAUCUGUGAAAUCUUGGGCUGGAAUGGGAAUAUGAAAGCUCUCUUCAUGAGUAUAAAAGGUUUCCUUUUUCCCCCCUA